GCCACACGGUCACUUUUUGGGGAGAGUCGCUUAGUUUAAAUCUAAAUAAAUGCAAAGUCCGGCUUUAGCAUACAGAGACCUGGAAAACUCGCCACGCGCAAUGCACAUGCGCGAUUGGCGCACAGCACUCCGCACAUCGUCCUCUUACCGGAUCGGGAAUCGCACAGUGCGCUUCAAUUAUCACUUCGCGCUACUCAUUGUUUGUGUUUUUGCGCUUUUCCUGCUGUUUUUCUACACGCGCAAUAGUUCUAGAUCAUCGUCAGAUGUGGCAUGGCAGCAGCAGCAUCUCUACGGCCACACCAUCACAAGUUUAUCCCCAUUUAUAGCUUACAACGACACCUAUCCACUGACGGCGCCUAUAGUGGCGCGCAGUGGCCUUAUCAGCUAUCGGAUAGGAAUGAUAGCAGAUCUAGAUACAAAGUCGCGCGUAGUGAAGGGCGACAACCAAGUGACGUGGCAAAGUUUUCUCAAGAAAGGAUAUCUAACGCACACCGUGUCGAGCAACGAAAUGAAGAUUGUUUGGGAUACUGGAGCGCCUGUCGCACUAGAGUCCUCCUUUGCGUUAAAGGACCGUGGCAUGGAGCUGUCCGAGUUGGUGACAUUUAACGGAAAACUGCUUAGCUUUGACGAUCGCACAGGGCUUGUCUACGAGAUUGAAGGCGAUAAGGUGGUGCCUUGGAUCAUUUUACUGGACGGUGAUGGGCACAAGACCAAGGGCUUCAAGUCCGAAUGGGCCACAGUAAAAGACCAAACGCUGUAUGUGGGCUCCAUGGGCAAGGAGUGGACGCAAAGUCAGGGUGACUUCGUCAACGAGGAUCCCAUGUUUGUGAAGUCCGUCAAGCCAUCGGGCGAGGUCAAGUCACUGAACUGGUCUGCCAACUACAAAAAGCUGCGACGGGAUGCAAUGGAAAUCAGCUGGCCCGGAUAUAUGAUACACGAAAGUGGCACCUGGUCGGACAAGCAUAGACGUUGGUUCUUCCUGCCCAGGAGAUGCAGUAAAGAAAAAUAUAACGAGGUAUCGGAUGAGCACAUGGGCUGCAAUCUGCUCAUAUCGGCCGAUGAGAAUUUUAGCAAUAUUAAAACCGUAACGCUGGAUAAAAGCAACACUGCCCCAACACACGGUUUCUCCAGCUUCAAAUUCUUGCCCAGCACCGGAGACACCAUCAUUAUUGCUAUUAAAUCCGAGGAGCUAAAUGGCAAAACUUCCACGUUCAUAACCGCCUUUGAUACGGCGGGCAAAACUUUGUUGCCAGAGCAAAGAAUCGAAACAGAGUACAAAUAUGAGGGAUUCGAGUUCAUUUAGCGUGCCACUGACUUCUCGAAACCAAAUCAAAUGGUGCUGCACACCGUUGUAUAUAUAAUGUAUUGUAAUAUAUAUCUAUAUAUGUAUUUUUGGCAAAGCAGUUGCUGUGAAUUGAGAAAUCUGACAAGAACCUUACUACA